ACCCUUUAUCACAACUUCUGAGAAAGUCAUUUUUCUUCCUCUUUCGAGCUCUCUCCUCACUAAAACCCACACAUCGACUCCAAUGUUAGCCACCACGCCUGCCCAUGCCCUCAGGCUCAGGUACGUGGUCCCCACGCGCGCAUGGCUUCAUAAGUUCCGAUGCUCCUCCUCCUCCUCCGCGGUUCCUCUCGCUCACCUCUCUGCUUCUCAGCUCUCCGGCGGUAACAACAACACACUGAAGGCGAACAAAGAAGAGAACAACAGCGAGAAGAAAACGGCGCCGUAUUACCCGAAACGAGGGCAGACGGUGGAGCUCGUCUGCGAGAGUUUGGGGUUCAAGGGAAAAGGAAUCUGCAAGGUUGAUGGCACUGGCUUCGUCGUCAUGUGCGACCGUGCUCUUCCCGGCGAGCGUUUCCUCGGCCGCGUCACUCGCCGCAAAGGCAGCUACGCUGAGGUGACAAAGAUCAAGACUUUAACUCCACACCGUGACUUAGUAGAAGCUCCAUGUGAGUACGCUUCCUACUGUGGUGGUUGCAAAGCUCAGAAUCUCUCCUACGAAGCUCAGCUUCGAGCUAAAGAGGAACAAGUUCAUGAGCUCAUCACUCAUGUCGGAAGGUUCUCUGAUAACAAUCCAGGUCUUGAGACUGUCUUGAAGCCUAUUGUUCCUUGUGAUAUCCAGUUCAAUUACCGUAACAAGAUGGAGUUUUCAUUUGGUCCACAAAGAUGGCUUCCGGUUGAAAUGUUGCACGAGAGAGAAGAUGGUCCUGUGAGCUUUGCGUUGGGGCUACACGCUCCUGGAUUUUUUGACAAGGUUUUGAAUGUUGAUAAGUGCUUGUUACAAAGCGAGCCUGCUAACAUGGUUCUUGCUGCUGUUCAAGAUUGCUGGAGAGAUCCUGAACUAAAUCUUUCGCCCUAUAAUGCUCGUUCACAUGCCGGGUUUCUUAAACAUUUGAUGCUUAGAACUGGAAGGAAUGUGGAGACUGGUUCACAAGAACUCAUGAUCAAUUUUGUGACAUCCUCUUAUAAGCCAGAGCUGUUGAAGCCCCUGGUUGAUAAAGUUUCGUCAAUUCCUGAAGUGGUAAGCAUCAUGAAUAAUGUAAAUUCCUCUGUUGGAAAUACAUCGGUUGGGGAACAGGAAUAUACACUUUACGGUAAAGAAACAAUCGCAGAGGUCUUGAGAGGCCUUACAUUUCAAAUAUCAGCCAACUCUUUCUUUCAGACUAACACUCAUCAGGCUGAAGUUCUGUAUAAGCUAAUUGAGGAAUGUGCUGGACUUAAAGGAGAUGGCUCAGAAGUUGUGCUUGAUCUUUUCUGUGGAACUGGUACAAUUGGUCUUACACUUGCCAGAAGGGCGAAGCAUGUGUAUGGUUAUGAAGUAGUACAACAAGCAAUAACAGAUGCACACAAGAAUGCUCAAAUAAACGGCAUAGAGAAUGCAACAUUCAUCCAAGGGGAUCUGAAUAAAAUAGGAGAGGAUUUUGGGAGCAAUUUUCCUAAACCUGAUAUCGUUAUUUCUGAUCCCAAUCGGCCUGGUAUGCACAUGAAGUUGAUCAAGUUUCUGCUAAACCUUAAAUCUCCACGGAUCAUCUAUGUUUCAUGUAAUCCUGCAACCUGCGCUAGGGAUCUUGAUUACCUUUGUCAUGGCGUGGAGGAGAAGAAUAUAAAGGGUUGCUACAAACUGAUGAGUGUGCAGCCAGUGGAUAUGUUCCCUCACACUCCUCACAUUGAAUGUGUCUGCUUGCUUGAGCUUUCUUGAUCUCUCUUGUGACUAUGACUUCUUUCAUUUGGUCUCUAAGCAGAUGAUAAACAAAAUGAAAACACAGAUUUUUAGAUUGAGGGAGUUUUGUUUUUCCCAAUAGAGUUAAGCCUUUUGUGGGAUGGGAUCAACAAGUCUCAGUAACAU